AUGGCCAAGUCUGGCAAGUGGUUUACCCGCAGCUCAAUAAUGUGCAAUCAGACUAAUGAGCGUUCUAGGUAUAACUUAGUCAAAGGCCAGUCGAACUACCCAGAUCGUCCUCACGCUUUGGCCAUUUGGGAAGCCACAGACAUGACGGUUCGCAACCUUCGAAUGGUUCAGAGUCAAAUGUGGACCAUGACGAUCAUGUGGUCAAAGAACGUCCUCUUUGAUGGCAUCUACAUUAACAGUACAUCUAGCAAUGGCUACCCUGCCAGGAACACCGACGGAGCAGACACGAUCAACUCGGAUCAUAUCACGUUUCGCAACAUGUACAUUCGCAAUGGUGACGAUGCUAUUGCCCUGAAGGGUAAUUCCACCAACAUCUUGAUUGAGGAUUCGACCCUAGACCGCUCCCUUGGAAUCGCAUUUGGAAGUCUUGGGCAGUACAAGGGCGUAUUCGAAAGAGUUGAGAAUGUUACCGUCCGUCGGAUCAAAGGGUUCAAGACUCGAUAUGGUGCCUAUGUCAAGACUUGGACUGGCGAUCAGGUGUCAUACCCACCUAACGGUGGCGGUGGAGGUAUCGGGUACCUUCGAAAUGCAACAUUAAGUGACUUCAACUUGACUCAGAUACAGCAAGUGCCAUUUGUCAUCGGCCAAUGCACAAGCUACAGCGGUGAAAAAGGAGACUGUGAGAGCAGCACGUUCAAGAUAUCCAAUAUGACGAUUCGCGGCUGGGUCGGAGAUGGAGCAUCAAGUUACGUCGCAGAUAUGGAUUGCAGCAAAGCGGCUGGGGGCUGUGACAAUAUCACCAUCGAAAAUGUUGGCUUGACCAACACCACCACGGGCGAUGCCGUUGCGAAAUAUCGAUGUAGAGACGUCACCUCAGUACAAGGUUUCACUUGCACCUGA